CACACACAUGAAACAAUGAUCCAGAUCCGUGAUGAUAAACUCAUAUUUCACCUGCUGCUCCUCGUGUCAGUGGCGGUAUGUGAGACGAAUGAGAUCUUGACUUUCACUGCACAUGAAAGAGGAACAGUUGAGAUACAGUGCUCAUAUAAGUCUACAGAUGAAGAACAUGAGAAGUAUCUCGGCAGAGGAAAAUGUCCAAGACUGAAAAAAGACAAAGUUGUUGAAUCUGGAUCAGCAGCUCAAGACAAGAGAUUCUCUCUGACUGACGACAAAACGGCCCACAUCUUCACCGUCACCAUCACUGAUCUGAGAACAGAGGAUCAAGACCAAUACUGGUGUGGAGUAAAGAGAGGGCUGGGAAUAUUUGAUGACUUUACAGAGAUUCAUCUGGAGAUUAAACACGUUUCCAGAGUGUCUGGUGUGACUGGAAAGCAUCUUUAUAUCCCCUGCAAUUAUUCAAGUGAAUUGAAGAACGACGUCAAAUUCAUCUGCAAAGGAAGCGACCCGUCCCUCUGUGAGACAUCAGCCGUCAAAGUUUCAUCAGAGAGCCACAGUAACGGCCGUUUCUCUCUGAGCGAUAAUGCAUCUGCAGGAGUCUUUACUGUGACCAUCACUGAUCUGAGAGAAGAGGAUUCUGGGAUAUACUGGUGUGGAGCUGCACAGAGAAGACAAAAGCACAAGAAGCAGAAGAAAUGGAUUUCAGUGAUAGACCUGAACAUUUCUGCUGUUUCAGACACAUCAGAGAGGCCGUUAUCUAAACCAAACACAACAAGAGCUUCAUUUCACAGCAGCAAACCUGCACCAGCAGAUACUGCCUCCAGCAGACCCGUCACAUCUUCAUCAUCAUCAUCUUCAUCUUCAGUGUUAAUGUUUUUCUCAUCAUCUCCUAAUGCAGUGUCACCAAAACCACAGCCAGGUUUAGCACCAAUCUUCAUGGUGAUGGUGAUAGUUAUAGGGAUACUGACAGGGUUUGGAUUCUCAUCGUUUAUAUACUUAAGACGGAGGCAAAAGAAAGAAGGAACGCAGCCCAAAGAUGUGGUUCGUGGCCCGACUAAGAAUCUGCCCAGUGGAGAUAUGGGAGAAACUAGAGAAGCGGACUGCGAUUAUGAAGACAUCAGUAGCACUCUUGAUCAUCCUGACUAUAGUCUGGUGCUUCCAGCAUUUGCUGAACAUGAAGCCUCUGUUUAUGCUCUAGCACAAUUACCCAGCAGCCCCUCGGACGAUCUCAACUACUCCAGCAUCAAGUUUACAGCGGCUCAUCAUUCAGACGGGACUUCUGACGGGCAGGAGACAUGCGACUACACAACUGUUAGACCAUGAAAGACUGAGGACAUUCAUGGAGACCAGGCUGAAUCACACCGAACUAAGACUGCAUCGCACUUGCUUUGUGAUUGAAAUCUGUGGCCCUGGUGUUAUUUUGGAUCAAUUUCAUUGGAGACGUAAGAUAUUUGGUUGGUUACGUUUCUGAUCGUCUGUUAUUUAUUCAUACCCACAAGUCCUUUAGUAUUACAGUGCAUAGUGAAGAAUGAAAUGA